UGAUCAGGUUUGUUUUGGUUCCUCAUCGCACGUGUAGCCCUUCCCUCAGACUUCUUAUUUAUGUGAGGAAAGGGAGAAAUUAAGACAUUUCGCUGUCAUUGAGCCAUAGGCAACAAAGAGCACAGCAUCAUGGGAAAAGUGAGACGAAUUCGACAAAAGUACCACUCCAGCCUUUCCAAGAAUACCCCAAAUGCAACAGAAAAUGAGGACACGGGGACAGAUGCACCAAAGCUGGUUCCCAUCGCGAAGAAAAAAACAGAUCAGACUGGAAAAUCGAGUGGGAACAUAUUUGCUGGCUUGGAGAUCAAUUUAGGAGGAGCCAAAAAGACAGCUACAAACAGAGAUGAGGCGAUGGACACUAUGGCCUCAGAUUCUGCAGACCAAAGAAACAAAGGCAAGAGGAUCAAGAAGGGGAGGAUUAAACAGCGUCAUCAGGACCUAAUGAAAAAAAUUGAUGCCAUCCAAGCAGGCAAGCAGGCAGAGAAGGAACGCAAGAAACGCGAAAAGACAAAAGUAGUAGGAGACUUGCAUCCCAUGCUAAACGCGCUGCCAACAUUAGAGGAACUGAUUGCAAAUGCCAACAAGCAGCAGACAAAUACAAAGAAGGGAACAGGUCUAAAGAAACAGAAGGAAGCAAAGAAAGAUUUCAUGAGCGACAUACAGAUGAUGUUAGCAGUUAACAAGGACAAGAUAUAUAACGAUGACCCAUUUACAGCCGUUUCCAUGGCAGUGCAAAACCGAGUUCUGAAUGAUCAGGAGGGAUUGUAAUAAAACAUAUUUCCUUGG